UCAACGUAAACAUUUGCGUAGUCGGCAAGUGGCAACCGCCAACUACAACUCUUACGUGCCAAACUACCAACCGACCAUCGCCAAAUGCCACAUUCGCUUAUGUGAGUCUAUUUGUCAAAUUUGAAGAGAAUACAUUUGUGUUUUGAAUUUUUUCUUCUGACUUCCCCUUGUGCCGAAUGAUGUUUCCUACACCGAAUUGUCGGUGUUUUGACAAAUGGUCUACGAUCAUUUGAGGUCUACAGUCGGAUCUAAAGAAGCUACAAAAGUACUGCCAGUAAAGCACAAUUUGUGGUAGUAAUUUAAUGACCGAACAAAAAGAAGAAAAUAUAGUGGAAGUAGAUCUAGAAAUACAAGUAGAAACGAUGCAAACCAAUCACAGCCGAAAAUCUACCCUUAAAGUGAUCACUUUGGUGACACUAACCCUUCAAAAUGCCAUGGUUGCGCUCAGCAUGCGCUAUGCACGAACUCGACCUGGAGAUAUGUUCAUAUCAUCUACCGCUGUCGUCAUGGCUGAAGUGUUCAAGCUCUUCGUCUGUUUGAUAUUGGUAUAUCACACUGAGUCAAUUUCUUGGAAACAUUUCAUAUCAUUACUAAAUAAUACAAUUAUCAAACAACCAAUGGACACUCUGAAAGUUUGUAUACCAUCUUUAGUAUAUCUUAUACAAAACAAUUUACUAUACGUCUCCACUUCGAACUUAGAUGCAGCUACUUAUCAAGUCACAUAUCAACUUAAAAUAUUUACAACAGCCGUUUUUUCAGUGUUGAUAUUAAAACGUAAACUAUUGCGACACCAAUGGAUUGCAUUAGUAAUUUUGAUUUUAGGUGUCGUUCUUGUUCAACUGAAUAACUCAACUGAUAAAUCACAAAAAACUUACCCUGAUCAAAAUCGAAUAGUUGGAUUAGUCGCAGCGCUCAUCGCAUGUUGUUUAUCUGGAUUUGCCGGAGUUUAUUUUGAAAAAAUACUGAAAGGAGCUGAAAUAUCAAUAUGGAUGCGAAAUAUUCAAUUAAGUUUUGUUUCUAUCCCAUUAGGUUUUGUAAUGUGCUUUGUUACAGACUGGAACAAUAUCAACAAUAAAGGCUUUUUUUUCGGUUAUGAUCUUUACAUAGUCUAUUUGAUAAUCUUACAAGCAGCUGGAGGACUUAUUGUAGCUAUGGUUGUAAAAUAUGCUGAUAAUAUAUUAAAAGGAUUUGCUACUUCCUUAGCAAUUGUUGUAGCGUGUGUCUUCUCAAUGUACUUCUUUGAUUUUACCAUAAGUAUUCAGUUUGUUGUAGGUACAAUGCUUGUAAUGUGUUCAAUAUUUUUAUAUAGUUAUACUAAGCAAAAAAAAUCACCAAACUUAAAUACCACACUAAAAGCCUAAAGCUAUGUACUAAAAUUAUGACAAUGUUUUUUUGAUUAAAUAAUUUAAAAACGUGAGAAAAUUAAUUUUUUAUAAUAAUGUAUUUGUAUAUAUAUUACAUAGUAAACGUCAAUAAUUUAUGUGAAUUUAAUAAAGUUUUUACUUAAAAUGUUUUGUACAAAAAUUAUAUAAUUGUAGUAUUAUAACUUAUUUUUACUGUACCAUACUUAGUCAAAAAAAUAACUUAACAUAAAAUUAUAUUAUUAUUAUUUUUUUUAUAUACAUUUAUAUAAUAUAUUUAUCUAAUGUUACUAACUUAUAAACUAUAGUUUCAAUUGAAAAUCUUAUAAAAAAAAUUUUUGUAUGUUUAUGUAUAUUUGUAUUUAUUUAUCUACAAUUAAUGGCAUAAUAAUCUUUUAUGUUUAUAUUAUAUUCAAGUGUUGUUUUCCACAGUAUAUUAAUUGUAUCUAUAUACUAGAUUAUGUUUUCUAGAUUGUAAUAUUAUCUAUCCAAUAUUAAAUUGACAACCUACCUACCGAUAAUUAUUAGAUAAUUAUAUUAUAUCAUAGGCAUAAGUAAAUAACUCAUCACACUCAUCUACUUAAGUUAUUAUUGUCAUGUGAUAAUUUGUGAAUGCAAUCUUUACAUCAAAUAUUUUUUAUUAUUUGUUUUCUUCGGAAUCUUUUAAUUUUUUUGAUUUUCUUAUUUAUGAUUACUAAUUUCAUAAUAUAAUAAACAUAAAUAUUAUAUUA